AUGCAGGAGAAGAUAAAGGACAACCGGACUCCCACUUCAUCGAGGGCGUCGUCGUUUUUUAUCGAGAACCUACUCGGCAAGGGACGGAAUGGACACGAAUCAAUGUCGGACAGGAGUCCCUGCGGAGCUGGAGUGGAGACGGGCUCCACCAGCCGAGUCCUGAAAGUGCAGCACCCCGAGGCGAGCGCUGCAGCGGCCGACGGCUCCAGCUCCACCGCUCGGUCCCCGUACCGGGACUCGCCUCUGCAGUGGUACCGCGGGGGAGCUGCCCUAAACUUCAGAGCGUUGGAAACGACACAUAGUCCAAGAGAUAAUACAAGUUCAGACGACCACUGCUGCUCCAUUUCGACCAGUGACAGGUGCUCCCCCGCCGUAUCCGAGCCGAUAACAGAGGGCAGUGACGAAACGGACAGGAAAACAGCCGACAGCAACCUGACAGACGACAACGAGGACACGCAUAACGGGUUUGACGCAUCCUCGGACCCGAGCUCCACCAGGAAGAAGAAGACCCGGACCGUGUUCAGCCGCAGUCAGGUCUUUCAGCUGGAGUCCACCUUCGACUUGAAACGGUACCUGAGCAGCUCGGAGAGAGCGGGACUGGCGGUGUCUCUCCACCUGACAGAGACUCAGGUCAAAAUCUGGUUUCAGAACCGGAGGAAUAAAUGGAAGAGACAGCUGGCGGCGGACCUCGAGGCUGCACAUAUCCCCCACUCGAACCAGCGGAUUGUCAGGGUCCCCAUCCUGUAUCACGAGGGACCCGCACCGGGUUUCAACCUGAACGCACAUCCUCUCUCUCCAUCAGUCUCGGGCUUCUCCAGCUGCAUCAACUACCCUCUGUCCUCGUUUGCUCACUCCAUGAGCAUGUUAAGAUCACAGAUGACCGGUUUGGUGUAA